AUGUCCUCCGCUCAAAUCGUGAAAUCGCGGAUGGUCCGUAUCGAGUUGUGUGAAAUCCUUGUCCCCUUUUUCUUCCAGAUUUCUAUCUCCUCCCUCUCCACCCUUGACUUAGGCACCCAUUUCAUACCAACUGUCUGUCGCAGCCUCAACAAUCAGGUCGCUGAUCACAUUGGCUUUUUAUAA